GAUUCCAAGUAACCUUAUUCAAAUUCCUCCUAUUCAAAUUCUAUAUACAUUUCCUUUCACUUUUUCACUUGUUUCACAAACAAAACCUGUAUUCAUUGACAAUUACACACACUCUAAGUCUCUAACACACACAAUGGAAGAAAUACUUCAAAUGCAUCACGAAGAUGAUCCAACUCCACAUCAUUCACAGCGUCACGAUCCAACUCCGCACCAUUCACAACGUUAUUUCCCUAUCAAGAUGACACCACCACCACAACAACAACAUCAACAAAAUCAUCAAUAUCCCAUGGAACACAAAGGUAAUAUGAUUCCUCGUUAUAGAGUACCGAAUGCUCCAAAACGCGAACAUUGCAUAUGCAUCACAAUCUUUUUCCUCAUACUUGGAAUCAUAAUCUUAAUCUUAUGGCUUGCAUAUCAUCCUUCAAAACCUCACAUUACAGUCACAAGUGCUGCAAUCUAUGGCCUCAAUGCAACUUCACCACCAUUCAUGUCAAUCUCAAUGCAAUUCACAAUCUUCAUAAGGAACCCAAACAGGCGUGUUUCCAUUUACUUUGAUAGGCUUUCUGCCUUUGUUUCAUAUAGAAACCAUCCGAUUACGCCACAUGUUGUGCUUCCGUCGUUUUUCUUGGAGAAGCACGGAACAGUUUCGUUGUCGCCUGAGUUAGGAGGCGUGCCGGUUCCGGUUUCGGUGGAAGUGUUGAAUGGUUUGAUGGUGGAUGAGAAUUAUGGUGUGGUGGGUGUGAAACUUAUAUUACAAGGUAGGUUGAAGUGGAAAAGUGGUGAGAUAAAAUCUGCUCAUUAUGGUUUGUAUGCUAAGUGUGAUUUAUUGUUGGGUUUGAAGAAAGGUAUUGUGGGUCAGAUUCCUCUGAUUGGUGCUCCAGUUUGUGAUGUGGAUACAUGAAGCUAGCUAGCUAUAUUUGUGUUCAAUAAAAUAUAUUAAUGUGUGUAUCUUAAUCUUUUUGCAUGUGUAACAUAAAUUGUAAUCCUUUUUUAAGAAAAUGAUUUUUCCCA